CGCGUCCCCGGGAAGCAAAUCAAAUGGAGAUCGAAAUAGAGCCCGACUCCCCGAGACGUCUUACCCCUGCCCCGAUGCCGCGCUCCGGCGACAUCGCGGUCGCCGACGGGACCGCGACUCUCUCUCCGCCACCGUCGCGGCCACAGGGCCGCGCGUCGCCGUCACCGCCCCUCUCUCCUCGGGACGACGUGCUGCCCCUGUCCCCUCCCCGCGACAGCCCCGCCCGGCGUCGCGGCCGCUCUAAGCCUCUUCGCACCACGGUCGUCGACCAAGGCGCGGGUGCCGUCGGGUCUCCGCGGAGGAAGCGCCGCGGGGCGGGGGAGCCGCGCGCGGCCGCGUCGCCCGGGAAGAACGUGAGGCGAGCGCGGCGGCGGCUGGACAGCGAUGGCGGCAGGGAGUUGACGGCGAACGAGGCGGCCGAUGAGGAAGCGGCGGGUAAGACCCAGAGAAGAAAGACCGCAGCGCAGCCUCGGGCAGCCGUGAAGGAGAAGAAGGGUUCCAGCUUGGCUUUGGUGCCUUACCCUCCCAUCAAUCCAACCCGAGGUGCAGAAAAUGUAGAGCAGUUUGAUUGGGAAGGUCUUUGGAAAAGGGUUGUUGACUUGAUGAUGUGGAAGAAUGUUGGGAGAUCAGCAUUUUGGUUCGGCUCUGGGUCCAUGCUUUUCCUCUCUUCUUCCUUGUCAAGAGACGUCAAUUUCAGUCCAAUCAAGAUACUUUGCCAUUUUGGUGUUGUGACGUUGGUCUUAGCUUUCUUCAAAGAUUCCAUCCCUCGGAGGCAGAACACUGAACAAGUAAAGAGUUUCCAGUUGACUGAGGAAGAUGUGCUCCGGAUUGGCCGAGCUGUCCUGCCAAUUGCUAACUCUCUCAUAUCUAUGUCCCGAGUGAUCUUCUCUGGUGAUCCAUCCAUGACUCUGAAAGUGUUACCCAUUCUUCUAUUUGGUGCCAAGUACGGCCAUCUGUUAACAGUAUGGAGGCUUCUAGCAACAGGAUUCUUUGGUUGUUUUACCCUCCCAAGACUGUAUAGCUGCUACUCAAGUCAUAUUCAUGAAAAAGUUGAAGGUUUGAAUGCCCGGAUUCUGAAUGCAUGGAAGUCCUGUCCCCGCAAGAAACUUGUUGCAGCUGCUGCAGUGACGACCUUCUGGAACUUGGUUAGUGUGAAGACACGUGUAAUGACUGCCUUCGUUUCCGCGGUAGCACUGCGCUACCACUAUCACUAUGGACGAAGUAGCAGGAAUUCAGAGGGGGCAAUACGACGACAGUAGCAGCAACAAGCAAUGGUUCUCGAAGACUGACAAUCUGUCUCAUGAGCGCGGCAGGUGCGACAUAUCUGUGGUUUCAAAGCGAAAGCAAAAAAGAAAAAUGCUGCAAAACUGCAUCCUCAUAACUCGGUGGCAGGCGCAAUGGCUUGUGAUGUAUUGGUAUUGGUACAUCUUGUUGCCAAUAUGGUACUGUUGAGGAAUAUUUUCAAUCAAAGCAUCAGGCGAUCUGGUUUGCACGCGUGACUGCUUGGCACCCAUAUAUGUCGAGGGGUCAUAUAUGUUUUUUUAGGGCAAGGGCCCCUAAUAUUGAUGCUGUGUUCAUGUCAA